AUGGAAAGUAAAGAAAGCAGCAGCUUUUAUUUGCUGCUGCAGCAGUUCUGGAGCUGCUGCAUAGCGCCUCCUGCUGCUUGGGGCGCCGGCGACGGCUAUUACCCUUAUUGUUUUUCCAUUUUGUUUCUUUCUCUUUCUGCUUUUCUUUGGUACCUUUUUGCUGCUUUAAAGGAGUUAGAAAAGCCCAUUUUGCUGCUGAUUCCGCAGCAGCAAGCAGCAGCAGUUCGCAGCCAGCUCAGGGGCUGCAGGGCCCUCGUCGCAGCGCACAAACCAGCAGCAGCAGCAGCAGCAGCAGCAGAAGAUGUUGCAGCAGCAGCAGCAACCAUUGCGGAGGAGGAACGCCUGGAGGUCAACUGCCCUGUCUGCAGCGCAGCAAUCAAAGCAGCAGCAGCAGCAGCAGCAACAGCAGCAGAACCAGCAGCGCCGUCGUCCCGAGCCACCGCCUCAACGCGAAAACCAGCAGCAGCAGCAGCAGCAGCAGCAGCAGCAGAGUGUCCGGUUUUGAAGUCUGCUGCGCGAACUCUCUCAGCUUCCCGCAACAGAUGCGUUGGCUUUUACCAUUCUCUCCUCGUUUCUCUCUUGUCUCUUUUUUGCAUUUUCUUCGACAAAAAAGUUUAUUCAAAUAAAAUCCAAGGAACUUCCCUCCUCUCCACCACCAUAGGUUAG